AUGAGCGCUGAAGAGUUCCUGGCCAAUGUUGAAGGCGGUAUCGUGCUAGUGACCUGCCAUGAGGAUAUCUUACGGAUCGCAUUCAUCUACUUGGACGAGGGGCUAUGGAACGACAACGGGGUAUUCGAUGUUAUAGAGAAGCUGCACGCACAUGGCUGGUCCUUUGGCGAGGGCGAGUUACGCUUUAAUCGUACCCUGGAUGUAUUCUACCUCGCGCAGCUCGCGGCAGCAAUCUACCGCUAUACCUCCCAACUGGAAGGUGACUUCCCCUCCUUCUCCGAUUUUCCUGCCUUCUAUACAGCCCACCAUGACCUUCUAUACUCCUCCGUCUGGCGCUCCUACUACUCCAUUCCCUAUCUCACCCAGCGCACUACAGCGCGCUUCUACCGCCUGCCUGAUCUCCAGGACCUUCCUGACUCCUCUUCCCCACUAUGCCAGCCGUGCCAUAGUCCGGUAUCCGCACAUGUCUUGAAACUCUCCCGCUGGGCUUACACUGUUGGGCGCACGCGCCGCAGACAACCUUUUCUGCCAUUAGUGACUCUUACGGCAGUAGCCCUCAGCACGCUAAAGUCAACCAUGACAUGCCUGCACGCGGCCUACCCCAGUGCACCACCUGAUUCGGAAUCACAUGCGCGCUUCUGGCUUGACUAUUUUAGUCCUGAUCUAUCUUCAUCUUACCUGGCUAGGAUAAAUCCCUGGGAAGAAUGGGUGCCCAAUCACUUUGGGAUAUUGGUCGCGCAGGGAAAGUAUGAUUUACACAGGUCAGAAGCAGAGUACCUCGCACGGGUUUCGGGGGAAGAGAUGGCCAAAGGAGAUGGUGAGUCGGAGCAAGUGAUGUGGCGUGGUGGAGGGGGGUGGGAGGAAGAGAUCGGGAGUGAGGAGGAGGUGAAUUUCCUAGCCGCUGUUGCGGUAGAGGAGACAGUUGGACUAGGACUAGAAGGAAUCGAGAUGGAUGAGUUAGACCUGUCAAUCCGGUCACAUAUACUACUAGCAGUUAUGCAGGCUGCGGUGAAGGACAGGCAGGAGAAUGAGCAUUUCCUGGGGGAACUGGAGAGACGGAUGGUUCAGAAGGGGAUGAUUGGCAAGGAGAGGGCAGAGAGGUGGAUCAGGGAAGCCUUGGGGAUUAUGGAGCCGUAUGUACGCGUAUGGCAGGGUGUGUGGCCUGGUGCAGAAGAGAGGGGAGAGAUGCUGCGGCGGAUUUUGGUGGAGAAUGCGCAGCUCUUUGCACGCUGGAGGGUGUCACCACUUUCGAAGCAGUUCACUUUUGAGCUGGGGCCGAAGGAGUAA